ACCCCGGCGGUGAUCAAUGGCUCAUUUCAUAUCCCCCCCUAUAUAUAAUCCUAUCUCGAGUAAGAAAGAAAGAAAGGACCUCUUCUAGUUCCGCUGCCUCAAAGAAAAUGGCGACCACUUCAUCCUCCAUUAAUGGACCUCUUAACAUCUCCAUGUUCAGUUUGAACAAUGGAAGUGGGGGAACUUCAGUUCCGUGCCCUGCUUUCUUCAGAGAGGGUCCAAAGAAAACAAGAAUCUAUAGAGCUGGCAAUGGCAUCCUGGGGAUUUGUCGCAGGCGGUUGAUUGUUGCAGCACAGGCACCAGAAGCAGCUGAACCUGAGACUGAUGAGAAGAAACAGAGUGAUAAGGACAAAUGGAAGGGCCUUGCGGAGGACAUAUCCGAUGAUCAACAGGACAUUGCCAGAGGAAAGGGAAUGGUUGACACUCUUUUCCAGGCUCCUCAGGGUGCUGGCACUCACCAUGCUGUCCUCAGCUCUUACGAAUACAUCAGUCAUGGCAUUCGCCAAUACUCGGCAUUUGAUAACACAGUAGAUGGAUAUUACAUUGCCCCCGGUUUCAUGGACAAGCUUGUUCUCCACAUCACCAAGAACUUCGUGAAACUGCCCAACAUUAAGGUUCCUCUCAUCUUGGGUAUAUGGGGAGGCAAAGGUCAAGGAAAGUCUUUUCAGUGCGAGCUUGUCUUUAGGAAAAUGGGAAUCAACCCAAUAAUGAUGAGUGCUGGAGAACUGGAAAGUGGGAAUGCUGGUGAGCCGGCUAAGUUAAUAAGGCAAAGGUACCGUGAGGCAGCAGAAAUAAUCCGGAAGGGCGACAUGUGUGUCCUGUUCAUCAAUGACCUUGAUGCAGGAGCGGGCAGGAUGGGCAGCAUGACACAGUACACGGUCAACAACCAAAUGGUGAAUGCCACACUUAUGAACAUAGCUGAUAACCCAACCAAUGUCCAGCUUCCAGGCAUGUACAACAAGCAGGAGAACGCGCGCGUCCCCAUAAUAGUCACUGGCAAUGAUUUCUCCACACUUUACGCCCCUCUCAUUCGUGAUGGUCGCAUGGAGAAGUUCUACUGGGCCCCAACUAGGGCUGACCGGAUUGGUGUUUGCAAGGGUAUAUUCCGGACUGACAAUAUUCCUGAUGACCACAUUGUUAAGCUUGUUGACACCUUCCCCGGGCAAUCAAUAGAUUUUUUUGGUGCCCUAAGGGCAAGAGUGUAUGAUGAUGAAGUGAGGAGGUUUAUCCAAGACAUUGGUAUAGAAAGUGUAAACGAGAGACUUCUGAACUCUCGAGAUGGACCCCCAAGUUUCGAGCAGCCAAAGAUGACCCUUGAGAAGCUGCUUGAAUAUGGAAACAUGCUUGUACACGAGCAAGAGAAUGUUAAGAGAGUUCAAUUAGCCGAGAAGUACCUAAGAGAGGCUGCCCUUGGAGAUGCAAACGACAUGCUACGUGAAAAUAAAUUAAACCUCUAACCAUCCAAGAAAAUGUUCUGAAGAAUAAAAGAUUUGGUAAAUAUUCCAGCCACAUCUCAAAAGCAAUGAUUCUUAUGUCGUUAUGCUGGGCCUGCAUUGCGCGCAAACUCCAAUCGCGGUUGUGGUUAGCAGCUCUUUAUCCCCGAAUCUUGUGGGGUCCAAUUGGAUUGUUGUUGUAGUAGUUCUUGUUGUAUAAUUGUAAUUAAUAUGCUGUAUAUUCUGGCAUAUAUUAUGGGUAUUUGUUUUCUUGCAUUGUAAAUGUAAUAUGAGGAUACAGGUCACCUGCAAGUUAAUAAAAAUGACAUUUGAUUUGUGGAUUGAUGAGUCUUGGCCCACAUCUUCUACUCUGACCCAUCUUCUUUAUGUG